AUGGAGCAGAUGAACAAAGAGAUUGCAGAGAAGGUCAUCAAGCGAACUUUACAGCAGAUCAAGCUGAAGCACGGCCAGCUUGCCAUCAGCCUCUACAGCAGCCACACACAUCCAUCAGCCCCUCCGGCAGGUGCUGCCGUGGCUGGCAAGGACUCCACCACUGCCUACUGCCCUGAGAUGGCCAAGUCCCUGGUCAGCGGCUUGAGCAUCGGCGUGGCCAAAGCGCUUGUUCCUGUUUGUCAUCUGGAGCCUUGCGGCAGCGAGAAGGGCAGCCCUUUGCGUGAGCCAAAUUACCAGGAGACUGAGGCCCCACUUUGGCCGCGAGAACCUGAAGUAUUUGUCGAAGUGCAAGACCAUGAGCACGGCGCGUACCUGAGGACUAAGUGA